AUUUCGGCAACUGCAUCUGCAAGAAUUACUCUUUACGUUACUCGCACACAUGGCCAAACCACUGUGAACGAGCAUCUCCGGUCCUAUCAGCAGGCCUCUCGACCGAUAUGGCGCAACAAGCUUUCCUGUUCAUACAUACCCUACAUUGCCUCAUACUUGUGUCCUCAUAUCCUUAUACCCCCUUGGGACCUGACCUGACCUGACCUGGCCCUACCGUACCAACUUACCACCUACCGACCUACCUGAAGGACAUGGGACACUCCUAAAUCUGCAAGCACCACUUUUCCUACUACCUGCUACCUACUUCGUACCUUUUUCUUGCAUGUUACUUCACUCUCAAUCCUCCGCCAACCCAGGUCCAAUUAUAUCUCUGAUCGCACCUCGUACUGUCCUCUUCCCUCCCAUCCCAUCCCAACCACAACCACAACCUUCCUACCCCCAAAACUAAUUCCCCCUUUUGUCUGACAUACAUACUUUCUUCUGGUCCCGUCACUCGUUCCAUUUUGAUUCCCACGAAACCUUCCACCCAAAUCCGCCAUCAAUUCACUCAUCCAUGUCCCUCAAUCUGGCGAUGGCUUAGAUCAGAGUAUGGAGAACGCAACCUUCCGCUGAUCAGCACUACAUCACUUAGCCGUACCGCAUAGUGCCGCAAACUACAAGAACCUCUACAUGUACCGGUGAUUGUGGGAAUGCAGCCACUCAUUUCUGCAAUGUACAAGGUACGCCAGGCUUUCAUUGCUGCCAUCGUCAGAAGUUUGCUGAGAACCAAGUCUGUUCUCCAAACCAUACUCAACAUCUGGAUCUCACCUACAAUCCUCAAGGGCGAACAUGUCGACAGAAAUGGCGGUCAGAGGGAAGGGAAGAUGUAUUCCGAGUUUUUGAGGGAGGUCGAACGGGAAUUUAAAUCCUCCAGAGAGACAUCGAGUUUGGUAGCUUUGUCUGACGGUCUGAGGUUGCAAUUUGGAGAAAGUUUAUUGGACAAUCCAAUGAAUAUGUUACCGUCGUACAACCAUCAACUUCCUACUGGUGAUGAACGAGGAACUUUUCUUGCUUUGGAUGUGGGAGGUUCAACCUUCAGGAUUUCUCUCAUAGAACUUUCAGGCCAGAAACGUGAAGGCUUUGAAACGUCAAUUUUGAAGCUGGAUUCAUACAAGAUUACCCAGGAUGUUAAGAAACUCAAGGGCGUUUUGUUCUUCGAUUGGAUGGCUGAGCGAAUGGGAGAAACUUUGGCAGGGCAAAAUGAAGGUCACGACAUGUCCAAGCCUCCAUUAUCUAUGGGGAUGUCUUGGUCAUUUCCAAUUGAGUGAGUGCCAUUUCCUUUUUAAGUGGUUUUUUGGAAUCGGUCAGCUGACAAUAUAUUAGGCAAACCUCUCUUCGAAGUGGUCUACUUUUAGGUAUGGGCAAGGGCUUUUUGGCCGCUCAUGGGCUCAUAGGGCAAGAUCUUGGAGAUAUUAUUCAGGAAUCAUGUUCGAGAAAGGGUCUCAACGUACGGUUGAAUGCCAUUGUCAAUGAUUCUUCCGCGACGCUGCUUUCCAAAGCAUAUUUGGACCAGACGACUCGUUUUGCCCUCAUUCUUGGCACUGGCGUGAAUGCUGCAGUCCAUCUUCCCGUCCACAUAUUCUCCUCUCCCAAAUUUGGGGAACGACCUGCAAGUUGGCAUGAAGAAGCCAAGCAUGUCAUUGUCAACACCGAACUAUCCAUGUUUGGCGGUGGUAUCUUGCCGUACACUAGAUGGGACAGAGAGUUAUUAUCCGUCCAUCCAAGACCCGAGUUCCAACCACUAGAACAUUUCGUCAGUGGAGGUUAUCUCGGAGAGAUCGUUCGUUUGGUUCUGAUUGAAGGUAUACAAACCGCCGGCCUAUUAGGCGGUGUCAUACCACCAGGCCUGGAAAAAGAAUACUCUCUCGAGACCGAGACCCUCUCGCUUAUGGAGUGGUAAGUCAUCCAUCUGUCGUAUCACCAUACCACAACACACAACUAACUAACCUACCUCCCAUAGCGAUCCAAGUCCCACCCUCACCAAGGCCCUUGAAGUUUUCCUCUCCCGCCACCCAACCACCCAUACCCCCUCCCACGCCGAUCUCCAAGCCAUCCGCCUCAUCGCCUCCCAAGUUGCCUAUCGCGCCAGCGGCGUCCUGGCCGCGGGUACCCAUGGCUUGUGGCAGCUUCGCAAUGAAGCCGAGGGGAUCUCGCCGAGCGACUCGUCGCACACGCUGGUUGCGUACAACGGAUCCGUCUUGGAGAAUUAUCCUAACUUCCGGAGUUCGUGUCAGCGACAGCUGGAUUCGCUGGUUGAGGCGUCGGGGGGCGAGAGGGGAAGUGUCGAGUUGGUGUAUGCGGAGGAGAGUAGUCUGCUUGGGGCAGCGGUGGCGGUUGCUUGUGUUGGUGGUUAGGGUAGUUUUGGGGUUAGGGGAGGGAUGUGGUCAUUGGAUAUAGCAUAAUCUCACACUACUCAAGGUAUUGUGAGAUGUUGAGUGCAGUGCAUAGCAGCAUUUUUUUUUCUCUUCUUUUUUUUUGGCGUUGGAGAUUACUCCCUUUUUGCAUAUAAUGAAGACCCUUUGAUGAUUUGGCAUGGCCAUUGGAUGGCUUCAUUCUCUUUUUACAUCUAGGUACUGUACAUCAUAUCAUACUUAUUCACAUCCAUAUCUAUAUCUAUCAUAUAUAUCCAUACACA